AUGCUCUCCCUCGUGCGCCGCCGCCUCCUCGCCCUCCCCUUCUCCACCGCCCCCGCACCUGCGCCGCCCUCCACGCUGGACGCGGCGGCGGUGCUGGAGACGCUCUCGCUCUACACCAACGACUGGCGCCGCGCGCUCGACUUCUUCCACUGGUCCGCCUCCCCCGACGGCGCCAACCUGCCGCCCACCCCCUCCACCCUCUCCCGCGCCGUCGACAUCCUCGGCAAGCACUUCGAGUUCCCGCUCGCCACCUCCCUCCUCCUCGCCCACCACCACCCCGCCGACCCCUCCUUCCUCCGCCCCGCCCUCCGCGCCCUCCUCAACCGCCUCGCCGCCGCCAACCUCGUCGACGACGCCGUCCGCGCCUUCGACUCCACCGCCCACUCCCUCGGCCUGCGGGACGAGGCCUCCUUCCACCUCCUCCUCGACGCGCUCUGCGACCACCGCCGCGUCGACGAGGCCCACCACCUCUGCUUCGGCAGGGCCCCGCCGCCCUUCCCGCCGGGGACCAAGACCCACAACCUGCUCCUCCGCGGCUGGGCCAAGACGCGCGCCUGGACGCGCCUCCGCCAGCACUGGCUCGACAUGGACACCCGCGGCGUCGCCAAGGACCUCCACUCCUACUCCAUCUACAUGGACGCCCUUGCCAAGUCGGGGAAGCCCUGGAAGGCCGUCAAGGUGUUCAAGGAGAUGAAGCACAAACGCAUUCCCGUGGACGUCGUCGCCUACAACACUGCGAUCCACGCGGUUGGGCUCGCGGAAGGCGUCGAUUUCGCCAUCCGGCUCUACCGGCAGAUGAUUGAAGCUGGCUGCAAGCCGAAUGCUGCCACUUUCAACACGAUCGUCAAGCUGCUCUGCAAGGAAGGGAGGUUCAAGGAAGCGUAUGCGUUUGUUCCGCAGAUGCACAAGGCCGGCUGUGCGCCCAACGUGCUCACUUACCAUUGCUUCUUCCAGUAUUUGAGUCGCCCGCAGGAGGUCCUUGGACUGUUUGAGAAAAUGCUUGAGAGGGGUUGCCGGCCGAGAAUGGACACCUAUGUCAUGCUUAUAAAGAGGUUCGGGCGAUGGGGCUUCCUCCGCCCAGUGUUCUUUGUAUGGAAGACAAUGGAAGAACAAGGGCUCAGUCCUGAUGCGUUUGCGUACAACACACUCAUUGAUGCAUUGCUGGAAAAGGGAAUGGUGGAUAUGGCUAGGAAGUACGAUGAGGAGAUGCUUGCAAAGGGGCUCUCACCCAAGCCAAGGAAAGAGCUAGGGACUAAGGCGCCAGGAGCAGACUCUGACAGUGAUAAUGCCUUGGGUGGCGUGUUUUGA